UAAAAUUCUUACUCACUACUAGACUGUGAUUUUUUAUGUAUUUAUAAUAAAUUUUAAUGUGCAUUAAAAAUCCAGUACAUGUCAUAUACAAAAGUAUGUAAAAUAUUCAAAAUAAAGUGCUCAUCAUAAUUUUUAGUGGGCGAAACAAAUUAUUAUCUAAGUUCCAAUUCUUUAAUUCUUUUUAUAAAAAUAUGAAAUUACAUAAAAAUCCACAGUCUACAAGUCUACUCAUCAUCUUAAGUGUGCAGCACAAAGAAUUAUUAAAUUAACAGAUAUUUAUCUAAAAAUAGUUCUCUAAAUUACUUUUUCUGGUUAUACAAAAAUCCACAAAAAUAUUUGUACACUUAUGAAAACUUUUUAUGAAUGUAUUAUGUUUUGUAUAUUAUAUAAAACAUUUGAAAUGUCAUUUUUAUUUACAUUGUUAAAUUGGUUUCAAAUUUUGUCAAUACAAUUAUCAUAGCCAUGUCUUGUUAUGAAUGUUACUAAUGAAAUUUCAACACGUUUCAUAUAACACAUAUAAUAUACAUAUAAAACUUUUCUAUGAGCUGUAGCAAUUGGUACACAAAUGUUAGAAUUGGAUUGUCAUUUAACAAAAGAUGGAGAAGUAGUUGUAUGUCAUGACCAUAAUCUUUUACGUAGUACAGGCACAAAUAAAAGUAUUUCAGAAGUAAAUUACAAAGAUCUACCUCUAUUGAAACCACGUCUUCCAAUAGAUUUUGAUCCAGAUGUAGAAUAUAUUGGCACAGAAAAGGAGGAAGAUAGAAGAUUUGCUUUAUUGAAAGAAGUAUUUGAAGCAUUCCCUAAUAUACCAAUUAAUAUUGAUAUUAAAGUCAACAGUGAUGAACUUAUAACCAAAGUAUCUAAUUUAAUAAAGGAAUAUAAUCGGGAGGAGUAUACUGUAUGGGGAAACUUUAAUGAUGACAUAACACAGAAAUGUUAUAAGACGAAUCCUAAUAUAAAUUUGUUAUUUUCCAUGAGACGUGUAACUCUGUUGAUAGUUUUCUUAUACACUGGUUUAUUACCAUUUAUACCUCUAAAGGAAACACAUUUAGAGAUAUUUCUACCUUCCAUUUAUUUAAGAUGCAAAGGAAGUCCAAGUAUAAAAUUCUUACCCUUGGAAAAAAUAAUUAUAAGGACUAUUAAUGUAUUACUAAUGAGGAAGUGCUUAUUUAAUCAUUUAAGAACUCGAGGAAUACAUAUCUAUUUUUGGGUCUUAAAUGAAGAAGAAGAAUUUAAGAAAGCUUUUGAUCUUGGAGCUACUGGUGUAAUGACAGAUUAUCCUACAAAAUUAAAAUUAUUUUUAAAUAAUUGUUCUAUCGAAUAAGACGCUAAAUGCAAUGAAUGAGAAUGAUACUAAUAUAUAAGAUAGAUAUAUAUAAUAUAUAAGAUAUUUAUUGAUGUACUUCUGAGAAGUACGUGUACAUGCUGUUAUAAGUGAAGAAUGUGUCGAACUUUUAUUUGAUAGACAUGUAUUACUUACAGAUUAUGAAAAAAAAUAUUUCUAUUGCUUAUUGUAUACUAACAAAAGGAAGUAAGAGCAGCUUGUUUCAAAAACUUGUACAUACAUAAGGCAGAUAAAAAUAAGUUUCAAGAAAAUGAAUAGUGACAUAUUAGUAAAAUACAAUGAGAAAAAUAACUAUAAAAUGUGUGGACAAAGACGCUUUUCGAAAAAAAACAUUCUAAAAAUAUUUUCUGACGCAUUCAAAUAUAUUCGAUAUUUCGAUUAUAUUCAAAAUAGAAAGUUCACAAAGUUCGAUAAUCUAGUCUAAAAAAGUAUUUUAUAAAACCAUUAUCAUAGAUUUUUAUAUAUUGAAAACUGAUACACAAAACAUGUUUGAUUAUUACAGCUACGUUAAGUCGCAUUUAUUAUAUAAUUGUAUUAUUAUAGUAUUUUGUAUGUACUAAAGCAAACAAAUUGCAAUUCACAGUCAUUAGUAAUAGGGAUGCAAAUAUUAUUAAUAAUAUCGCACACAUAAAGUUUAAUUAUUUAUAUAAGCUUUAUUGCAACAUAUCUUUGAGUAUAAAGAUCAAGAAACUGAUAAAUAACUUACAUACUUCUAUAUAAAAUACUCCUUUAAUUCGCUCGCGUAUUUAUAUUCAUCAAGAAGCUGAUAGAAAAUUAAAAAAGGAUAUAUUUACAUGCAUGAGGGUACAUAAAUAAUAUACUCUAUACAUAUAUGCAUUACAGGUACAUUAAUGGAAUAUAACAUUGAGUAUGAUCUGCAAUACUAGACAAUUAUAAAAUGUAAAAGGAAUCAUAUUCGUUAUUUGAUCACAAAUGAGUGAUAACCAGUUUAACAGAACUAAUUACAUUUCAUUAUAUUUAUUUGUUAUAUAAUUACUCAAAUUAUACGUUUUUCUCUAUUAGUAUUACUAGUAUCAUAUAACUGUCUUAAUUAUGGUUUCAAAAAUACUGCAAACAGUUCUUAAUCACAACUUGUAUAGAGAGCAAAUUUAUAUUAUGCAUAAAUACGUGUACUUUUAUAUUUGGAAUAAAUUCUAACAAUAUUUGUAA